GUGUAUGUGCGUGUGUGGCGUCACUCAGCAUCACCUAGUGUUUCCUGGCGGAGAGUGGGAAGGGGCCGACCUUGUCAGACUUGCGGACAGGCCCACCUGCCUCUGCGGGCCACGUGACUCUGUGGCUGCAGCCCCUGGACUGUGAUGGGGUCAGCCAGCAGCGGGGUCGCUCGCUCACCUGCCCCUCCCAUCUCGACAGCUCUAGGAAUCGGGGGUCUCGAACAGCUGCCCUGAUGUUCCUGCCGAUGUGUCUCUCUGGAAGCAAAUCCUGUCUGCAAACCUCGGGUUUACUCAAAAGCUGAAAUUAGGGGUUUUUUCUUAAGACCUGGAUUUCCCUACUGAUUUACCAUAGGGUUCUUUGACAGAACAAAUACCCCAGUACAUUGAAAACUAGUCAGUUUGUGGAAAAUCAGCUUAAUUCAACACGUGUUGAGUUCACGUGUCUGUCACGCUCCAAGCACAGUGUUGUGGGAGAUACCAGAGAAGAGCAGGACAGGUCCUUCCCCUCCGGGAGCCUUGUCUAGCCGGGAAGAUGGGACUGACCCUGCGGUAUAGGCGAUGACCGGGGGAGAGCAGGGCCGGCCGGCGGCUGGGCUCUCUGCAGUGCCCCGUGCGCUCUGACCGGAUGGGCCCGGGCAGGCCGGCCGCCGCCGGGGCUCACCUGGCAGCCUGCGUCCAGCUACAUGGGAGCAGCGACCCCAGGACCCUCCAGGCCCAGAACCAGCUGCAGUUCAGCAGGAGCACACCCGAGCACGCAGGCACCCUGGCCGUGCGCUACUCCUGCCCGCACGCCAUCCGGAUCGAGAAGCUGAAGCACUCGUACCGCGAGUCGUACGGCUGUGAGGAUGCGGGCUGGCAUGGCGGUGGCCACGGGAGCGGCUCGGCCUCGUUCUCUGUCAUCUCGGAGGAGCGGCUCAGCUAUGCCGUGCACCUGGCCAAGAGGGACGUGAAGCGCAGGCAGCUAGAGGAGCGUGUUGGGCGGUGCCGGCUCAGCGGGGAGCCCCAGCUCUCUCGUCUGCACAAGGUCCCUGAGCCCAGCGUGCAGAGGAAGGAACCUGGGAGCCGGGACAUGUGUCCUUGCGGCCACCAGCCGUCCACGGUGGGAACGUCCUGCACGGGUGCCAAGGUGUAUCUGUACGCACCUCGUCCGGCCCCGGCCCACCUGGCUGUGCCCCACUCGCCCCCCACCCAUGACCCUGGCCUGGAGCCCCGCCCCAAGCUCGGCAGCCACCAGCAGCUGCUGGAUGUACAGCGGCUCCAGAGGGAGCUGAGCGCUUGCAUCCAUAAGAUGGAAGAGGUCACGAAGAAAGACAGGAUGCAAGUGGCUUUGGACCCCGAUGAGGAGCGGCGCGCCCGCGUCAGGAGGCAGGAGCAGGCCGUGAGCUCGGCCCGGAUGCUGUAUGUCCUGCAGCAGCAGGUGAAGGAGAUCCAGGAAGAGUUGGAUAAAUUGAGCCCACGUGAGACCAGACACACGAAGAAGUCAUGGGCCAUGUCGCGGCUGGCGGCUGCCCACCGAGGAGCCAUCCGGGCCUUACAGGUGUUGGUGACGCAGCUUAUGGACCGUGGGGAGCACCCGGUCCCUGCGCGCUGCCGGGAGCUGGGCUGCCUCAUCCGCCAGCUCUCACUCUGCUCCGCCAAGCUGCACGCCGACCCCUCCAUCCCUGACGUGGUUGCGGACAUCUUGCGACAGAUUGAGGCUUUGGAAUCCCUCCUGGAAAAGAAACUGUCACCGAAAAAGAAGAAAAGUUUCACGGAAAUUCAGAGCAGGUUUCCUGUUGGUGGCCACGGGGCCUUAGAGAGAUGGCAGGGUCCUUCGCCCAAGAGCGAGAGGAGACCCCUCGUAGCGAAGGAGAUGUUUCCUGAGGAAGCAAGGUGGCCUUCGGGGGCGAAGACGCUCCCGGCUGAUCACUGUCCCACUGGGGCAGCGCCUGCUGCGACCUGCGGGCUGGAUGUGAUGGGUGCAGAGAUUCUUCCGGAAGAAGCCCCGUCUGCUCCAGACCACAGCGCCAGCUUCUCGGGGGAUCCACUGGCCCUGGCGAGAGCUGGAGCGGCAGCGGGGAGGCCCACGACCAGGAGUGCUGUGCUCCAGAAGGGGGAGGCCCGGGCGCCGGCGAGGCCACCUCAGGGACUGCAUAGAGCUGGAAGAGGAGGACCGACCCGGUCCCAGAGCAGAAGCCGACUGCAGCGCACAACAGUGUCCUCCAGACUGAAAGUGAGCCAGCAGCCUGUGAGGGACAGCAGAGCCCCUUGGGUGCCGCCGAACCCCACGUCCCCGCCAGCAUCUCCCAAGUGCGCUGCCUGGCUGAAGGUGAAGCCGAGCCCCAAGAGUGCCGCAAAGGAAGUGUGGCCGCGGCAGGACGAGGCUCGGGACGAGAGUCUGCGGAGGGAUGCCGUCGCGCAGGAAGCCGUGAGCAGGCUCGCUUGGCUUGAUGCCGAAACUUCCAAAACAGUGAAGGAGCUGGAGGAACUGAAAGCCGGGGCCUCGGACGAGACACGGAGGCGGGGCGUGUCGGACACCCAGCUAGCAGACAAGGUGGAGAAGGCGGUCUUGGAGCGUUUGAAGCCUCUUCUGGUCACGGCCCAGAGGGUCAGCUCUUCUCAGGAAGCAGAUCGUCAGCCAAGGGACCGGCCGUCAGCAGAUGUGGCAACCGGCCAGCCCGUGGAGGAGGCUGCAGCUUUGGACCGCACACCCCAAGGCCCUCACCAGCUGGGGGACUGUUUGGAAAACGCUGCCCACGGGCCCUGGGCCACAACCCACCGUGGGGGCUCGGAGUCGGAAACCUCAGCGCCCAUGGGGGACGGCAGAGGCAGCCCGGAUCUGGAGAGCCUGAUGCUGCGGGUGGAGGAAAUGGAGAAAUACCGGGAGACAGUUUGCCAGAGAUACAGUAAAAUCGUAUAUGCUGAUCCUCACCUAUGGGGGCAGGAAGGAAAGACGGGGCAGGCACCCCCAGCAGUAAGUGAAAGGCCUCUUUCUCCUCAUCCAAUCAGGAUCACAAAGACCCCAGCUCGCAGAGACCACGACGUGAACAUCGUGUUGGAAGAACCCAGGAAUGCCAAUUCCCUGGACGAAAGCGUGGGGACGGAUGAGAGGUCUGAGAAGAGCAGGGCCCCCCUUGCGCCCCUCCCGGAAGAGUGUCUGCAGAAGGACGGCCGGACCGCACUGCACGUCCCCCCAGGCCUGCGGCACAGCAUUGGCGACUACUGUAGCCGCUUCGAGCGGUACCUCCGCCUGGUCGCGCACGAGGCUGUGGGCGCCUUCAACCCGUGGUUGUUGGCCGAGAGCUUCUCCGACGAGCUAGUGGAUGAGGCUCUGGGGGCUGUGGCCGCGGAGCUGGAGGAUGCGUGCAAGGACUACGCGGAAGCUGUAUUCACCUCGGAGUUCCUGGAGGCUGCGACCUGAGGGCUCCAUCUGCAGUGGACCUCCUCCCUGGGGUGCACGGGAGCCCCUGAGCCCGGGUGCCCUUCUGUGCCUCCUGGGUGCCUCCCACGGCGGGGGGCCCCCUUUCCAUCCUCUCGUGGUCAUGGUGAUGGCUCUGGUGGUUGAUGACGGAGGGCAAGGUGUUUCUCAGUGCCCAGAAAUUGUGAAUUAUGACAAUAUAAUAGUUUCUCAAUGUGUAGUUUCCCUAUUGAAAUCCCAUGUUUGUUUUGCCCCUGAGUCUGGUGACAGGAGCGUCGGGAAAGGUGCUUGCAGGUGUAUUUCCCGAGGGUCCACGUUGCUGCCCAGCCGCCUGCGCCCGUGGCUCCUGUGCUCCCGUCAUCCCGAGCUUGUUUCUGUUGGUCCCCGCGACGCCACGCCAUGCAGACGGAGCCCACCAGCCCUCUGCGUCCUGCCAGCCGGUCCUCAGCCCGGCGGUCCUCUGCACCGUGGUCCGCAGCCUUGUCUCGCCCUGGUGGCCAUGUUCCGAUGUCCAGAUUGUGUCAGCACGCAGGGGCCGUCGGAGGCCAUCGGGAGGGUCCCGGGCUGGCAUCCCUGUUCUCUGGGCCAGCAUAUUCCACGCCUGUGGACCCACAGAGGACCGGGCGGGAGGAGAGGACUGGGCCAGAGCAGAGGACCUGCCUGGAUGCGGGAAGCCCAGCGGGUCUCCCGGGAGAGGAAGACACCCGAGAGCCACAGCAGUUUCGUUUCGUCCCCUCCAAGCUGUGUUUUACCGAGAAGUGCCUCUGGCUUUUCAGAAACAAAAGGAAUGUGCGUGAAAAUAAGGCCACUUCCUGGAAGAAGGUUCUCUCCGCCGGCUGGCCUGGGCUCGGCUCCGCCGCGGAUGAUGUGACUCCUUAGGACGCAGUGGGUGUCACAGCUGGACUUUCUCCGGUGCGAGCGUGUUUGAGGCGACCGCGGGAGCGGCUUGGCCACACCGCCGCGCACACACCUGGACCGGGGUGGUGCUGGCCUUCUGCUCGAUUUCGCAUGGCCUCGGGACCAAGAAGGCUCUGGGGCCAAAGGUCGUCCCUGUGCGGGGCACGCGUGUGCGCUGUCAGCAGGCGGUGGCCUCGGUGGCUCGAACUCGUCUGUGGGGCAGUUUGUACUGUGCUGAUUUUUAAAUAAACUCAGGAUUUUCCAGUA